AUGCGUUCCCUCUCCUCUCUCUCGCUUCUCGCUGCGGUGCCAUCAGUUCUUGGUGACAAACAUUAUUUCUUUUCUGGCUUCUUCGCUGGCAGCACAAUCGCUGGUAUCGAGUUUGAUGAUUCGGCGAAUAGCCUUACGUUGGUCAACAACAUCACUGCGCAGUCAUCCGAUGGAUCAAAAUGGAUUGCCAUCGAUGAACGGAAAGAGAAUGUCUACGUAGCGACGACAGGCGAGAUUCAGAGCUACGCGGUCACAGCCAACAAGAGUUUAGAAUACAAGAGCAACAUAACACUUUCUUCAUCUUGCCAAAACGCAAAUUUCAUCGCCGCAGCGAACACUGCUCCCUACACCGUCUUCGGCGUCGCAUACAGCACCGGAUGCGCAGCACAAGCCAUCACAGUCGAUGACACAGGGUCCUUGCAAAACGCAGUAGCAAAUCUAACCUACAACACCACAGCCGGCGUCCACGGUCUCGAUCUCAGCCCCGACGCCGCCUUCAUCUACUCCGCAGACGACAUGGGCAACGCCGUAUGGGUCCACUCCUACAACAGCACCACCCAAGCCGCAGCCGAACUGCAAUACCUCGCCGCCCCCGAGGGCGCCAAUCCCCGCCAUCUCGCAGUCCACCCCAACGGCAAGUGGGUCUACGUCAUCUACGAGGAGGCGAACUCCCUCGCUGUCUACGCACGGGAUACCGAGACGGGCUUGCUUACAGACAAGAACACAACGUAUUCUCUGCUUCCAGCAGGGUUUACAAAUACAUCGUCCUACUGGGCUGACGAAGUUAAAUUCUCACUCCCUGCGUUCAACGCUUCGGCAACGAGUCCUAAGUACUUGAUCACCGGCACGCGCUCGCGCACCACGUCUCUGCAGGGCUACGUCUCGGCGUUUGCGCUGGACGCUACUACGGGCGGUGUUACAGAGCAGUUGUUCCUGCUGCCUACUACGUCGAGCGGCGGCUCUGCGAACGCGGUGGCUCCGGCGCCGUUUAGCGAGGAGUACUUCGCUAUCACGGACAGCGGGUCGAAUUUUGUGGAGGUGUGGAAGAUGGACGAUGAGGGGAUGAGUGCGGCGAGUGUGGCGCAUUUGGGGCUGGGCGCUGGUCCGGCGAAUGUGGUGUGGGUGAAUUAA